AUGCCAGACCUGGAAAUGAGAUGGGUGGAUUUGGACAACCCAAGUCCAAGCUUCAAUAUCGACUCGGACGUCGAUACCGCUAAAGAGGAUGAAAUUGGUGAAUCCGCCAAUACAGCAUCCUCCACUCUUGAGACUGGCAUGGAGUCUUUGGAAAACGCCAUGCAAUCCCUGGCAAUCAAUAACUCGGCCGCAAACACAGCUUUCCUACAGUUUCAGAGCUGUUACACUAAAACCCUGUCCGAGAGCGCAUCAAAUGCCCAAGAUGCAGUUGGUGAUUUUGACGAGGAAAUGAGACAAUUUAUCCUUAAAACACGUGAAUUUGCGCCGGAAUCGAAGGAAUUGUCUGAACUGCUCGACCAAAUGAAGCAUGUGCGAAAUGAUGAAUGGAGCCUGGAGGAUCGAUCUUCGGAGCUCGCAGAACAAUUCGCGAUUCUGCGCCUCCAGAUCGAGAAUCGGAAGUGCGAAGAUGCCUAUCUGCCAGGGUUCACGGUCUCGUUCAAAGAGGAUGAUGAGCUGAAAGAGGCAGUAUGGGAACUAGAAUCACGCUUUCGCAUCCACAUGAAUAUGCUGGAAGAACUUCGGAAUAAGCAGUGCGAACUGUUGUUGAAGGGGUAUCAUUUGCAGGCGACGAUUGGCCUUGACUAG